GACCAUUAUAAUUCAAAAACCCUUUACCAAAAACAACACAACUCACAAAAGAACAACAACAAAUGGCGACGGAGCAAAGCAAGAUUCUGGUCAUUGGAGGAACUGGUUACAUCGGAAAGUUCAUCGUCGAAGGCAGCGCCAAAUCUGGCCACCAAACAUUCGCUCUCGUCAGAGAAUCCUCCCUCUCCGAUCCUGUUAAGGGCAAGAUCGUCCAGAACUUCAAAGAUCUCGGCGUCACGAUACUAUACGGAGAUUUAAGCGACAAGGAGAGCCUAGUGAAAGCGAUUCAACACGUUGAUGUAGUGAUUUCCACCGUUGGUCUCUCUCAACUCAUGAACCAGAUCAAUAUUAUUUCUGCUAUUAAAGAAUCUGGCAAGCAUAUUAAGAGGUUCUUGCCUUCUGAGUUUGGUAAUGACGUGGAUCGAACGGUGGCUAUUGGACCAGCAAAGUCGGAGUUCGCAAUGAAGGCUGAGAUCCGCCGUGUCGUUGAAGCUGAAGGCGUACCGUAUACAUACGUGAUUAAUAAUUGCUUUAAUGGAUAUUUCUUGGCUACACUUGCUCAAUGUGAAACGAGACUCACUUCUCCUCCUAGAGACAGAGUGACCAUCUAUGGAGAUGGUAACGCUAAAGCCAUUUUAAACAAAGAGGAAGACAUUGCUGCAUACACCAUGAGAGCUGUCGAUGAUCCAAGGACUCUCAACAAGACUGUCUACAUAAACCCUCCAAAGAACAUUGUCUCGCAGAACGAUGUAGUUGCCGUGUGGGAGAGCAAGAUUGGUGAAACUCUGGAGAAGACUUACGUUUCAGAGGAAGAACUCCUCAAGAAAAUCCCACAGUCACCACAUCCUCUGGAUCUUCUGUUGGCUUUGAAUCAUGCUAUCUUUGUGAAAGGAGAUCAGACCUGGUUUACAAUAGAGCCUUCCUUUGGUGUGGAAGCUUCUCAGCUUUAUCCUGAUGUCAAGUACACAAGCGUCGAUGAGUAUCUCAACCAGUUUGUGUAAGAAGUAAAAUAAAUCAUCUUGGCCUUGUCGCAACCCUUUACUGUAACGAGAGAUUAUGACCAUUGGUCUGUAAUUCCAAACCGAAUAAGUUAUAAGACAUAACUAUAAGAUAUUUAUUGCA